UUGUGAAUUUCUUUAUCUGCAGCAACUUUGGUUAUCUGUUUGAAACGGAGAGACGUUUAAAAACACGCAUCUUUGAUCUAGUUCAGGUGAAUCGUUACCUACUGCGGGAAAUAUGGCCGAAAGUAAAGAUGAAGAUGUUAAUCUAGAGCGUCCUAAAGUGCCGACAGAUGACAAAACUAGUCGUGACGACGAUAACACAUACGAUCAGAUUCCACCUUUACUAAGGACGCACGCUGAUGGGGAGAGUACUGAAAGGAAUCAGACUCUCGACCUAGUUGAAAUUGUAGAAAAGAUUUCGAAUAUGCCGAACACAGAUGAUUGUCCAAGACCUACUUCCAAUGCACCUAUUAAGCUGAAAGGUGAAAAUAUCCGUCGUUCAUUUGAUUAUUCCUCGCACUCAGACUCAGAACUCUCUAAAAAGACCAACGUUGGUAAAGAGGUUUCAGAACUAGAUGAGAUAGAUGAGAAUGUGAAUAGAAGAUCUCAAUUAAAGAAUGAUCCUACAAACAGUUAUGACAACUCAAAGCCUACUUCUAAUGAUUCUCCUUUUCCUCCCAACUUACCAACCAGAGAUUACCACAAAGCUUUUACAUCCGAGGAUAGAAACAUUUUGCAAAAAGAAAUAAAUGUUAAAAAACUCGGAGAGAAAAUAAAUGAAUUUAAAAGCAAAACAAAAGAGUUCAUUGAUAAAUUUGCAAGUACUAAAGACGAAGAUAGAACAGCAGAAGAAAUCUUUAUCAUCACCCAUCUUUUAAAUAAUUCUGAUCCUAAAUCUCCAAUAUUGGAUGGACAACUUGACCAGUUGGCAAUGCUUGCUUGCUGUGACAGCUCUCGCGUAGUGAAAAGAGCGCUUGAUGUUCUGCUAAAUGAAAUAUUUUUAAAUAUUUCAGAUUUAUCGGUGGAUCGUUGUAAAAACGUAUUGGAGGCGGAAGAAGUUCUUCGCUCAACGUUUUUUCACUUCAUAGAUGUGGAUCGAUAUAAAGCCAAGUGCCACAGGAUGACGACGUAUGCCUGGCUAAUUACGUUAGUCCUUUUGAAGUUUGGCCAAAAGGAAUUUGCCGAACUACAACAAAAAAUGAAACAAUUUGACCAAAGAUUAAGCACACUCAUGAAGCAAAAGGAAAAGAAUGAACAAAGUCUUUACCGGUAUGGUAUUUGUCUUGCCAAAGAAAGUAUCAAAAAAAUUCUUCAGUCAUCUUCUAAACGGGAUGUAGCGGAAUUCCUCAAGCACAACAUCAAAAAGUGUGAAAACCUUGUGAAAGACAAGUUAGACAAGGAUGAAGUAAAGAAGCUUGGUGAAGAGUUUAGUGAUGCAGACAGUUGGUUGAAUAUUCAUGUGUGCCUUGUAUUUUUGCAAGAUUUACCCAAGCAUUAUCAUUUCCAAGACAACCCAAGACCUGUGAUUCUAAUACAGAUGUUAGUUGCAGACUAUCGCGGGCGCUUCAGUACCUCGAAAAUCAAGAAUUUCUUUAGAAAUCAAAGACCUGGUUGGCAGUUUGAGUUGUUGGUUUAUCGGGUGAUGCUUAGAUUGAUUAGAACAUCAAACAACAAAGAAUCGUGGCGAUAGACGGCAAUCAAUGGGGGCCCUCUGGAGCCCCCAACGGUCGGGGGCCCUUAGUUCU